AUGGCAGCCAAACCUCUUACUACCGAGGCAAUUGCGCUUACAGAAAAGAAGAUGGACAUGACACUAGAUGACAUAAUCAAAAUGUCUAAAAAUACGAAGAAUAAGAAGCCAAGAAGGGUUCCGAAUAAAAAUCAGAAGUUUUCUAACAAUUUCGCUCAAGAUAAGUCUGCAAAGGUCCAGCGUUAUAUGGAAUCAAGAUCUUCUCUUAGACAGGGGGCUAUUGCAAAACGAAGGUCUAAUUUCCAGGGAAACCAAUAUCCUGCUGCAGUUGAAGUUGCGCGAAGAGCUGCUACUGCUCCUCUGCGAAAUAGAGUUCCUAACCGUAAUGUGGUGGCUAACUGGAAUAAAACAAGAUUUCGAGUUCCUGUUGGCCAGAGAAGGGGUGUUAAUGGAGGCUUUGCUGCUAAGCAACCAAUUCCUUCCCCUCAGAAGCAGCAGGAGAAUGUGGAUGUAAUGCCAAAGCAAAAGCCUCAGACGCUGGAUUCACUGUUUGCAAACAUGAAAGAGCAAAGAAUGAGAGUUCUGUCGAUGCAGAAUAAUGCUGUGCAGCGCAAUGGAGGUGGAAAUAGGAGGCUCCCAUGGGGAAGAGGUCGAUUUGGCAACUGA